GUGCUUGCUGAUUGUUUUGCUGAGGUGAAGGAGCCGACGUAAAGGAUUUUCCUUCGUGCGGGACAGACUGGUGUUGCUCUUUUAGAGCUGAGUAGGCCGUCAUCAUGUCUCGAUUCUUUGCUGGAGACAGCGACUCAGAUACUGAGACUGAUGUCUCGGAGCCAGAGACGCAGCCCACCGCGGCCUCUGCUGCGAGGUACGUUCUCUCUGAUGAUGAAGAUGAAGUCAAACGAGUGGUUCGUAGUGAGAAGGACAAGAGGUUUGAUGAAAUCACUGAAUGCGUGAAGGUAUUGCGUAAUUCAAAGAAAAUCAAGGAUGUCUCCAAAGUGCAAACAGAUUUUGAAACACUUGUGCGUUUGUUCGGUAAGGCAAAGGCGGUGGUGGAGAAAAAUGGCAUUCCCCGAAUUUACAUCCGUACUCUUGCUGAUUUGGAAGACUUUGUGAAAGAGCUCUGGGAAGACAAGAAGAAGUUGAACAAGUUGAAUGCCAAGGCACUUAGCACAUUGCGUCAGCGUGUCCGCAAGUACAAUAAGGACUUUGAGGAUGACAUCACAGCUUAUCGGGAGAACCCAGAUGAGGGUGAUGAUGACGUCAAGCAGACGGUUGAUCAGCCUUCUGAUAGCGACGACGAUUCCGACAGCGAAGAUGAGGUCAAGCAGCCGGUAAAGCCACCUAAGCAACCAAAGGUGAAGAAGGUGCGCGAGACUACUGGCAGCGGGAGUGACUCCGACUCCAUGUGGGACAUGUCCAGUGAUGAGGAUGACUCUUCUUCCGAUGAUGAGAAGGCCAAGGGUAUCAUUUCUUACACUGUUGAGUACUUCUUGAAGAAGAGACCCACUGAAGGUGCAUCAGGCGGGAAGGUCCGCAAGCAGAGGACGAAUGUGCCGAGAAAGCAGAAGGCUGAUGAUGAUGAUGCCGACUGGGAGACCCAGAGGCAGAAGAAGAAGUCCAUGUUCAAGGACAAGGAAGAGAUUACACCUGCUGCUGUCAUCAACAAGUUCAAUGAAAUCAUGUCAAGCCGUGGAAAGAAGGGUGUAGACAAAAACGAGCAGACAGACCUUCUCAGGACGCUCUUCCAGCACACCGAGGGUGCCGACCUAAGCGGUGCUCUUUUGAUCAAGAUUGGUCUUGGUAUUGUCACAUCCAUGUUGGAUUACAACACUAAGCUGUCCAACUCCAUGAAGAUAGAACUUUGGCUGGACUGCAUGCAGUACAUCAACAGUCUGCUGGACCGCAUGGCCACUUGCACCGUGGUUGUCAGUGAAUUGAUCGCUGAGGAUGAGGAGAGCUUCGAGGGUGAUGAAUUGAAGGUGCGUGGCAGUUUCCUGACUAUUACAGAGAGACUCGAUGAGGAAUUCGUCAAGGUGUUGCAAAACACUGAUGCCCAUUCAACUGACUAUGUUGAGAGACUCGGUGCCGAGCGUUCCCUCUGCACCCUGAUCGAGCGUGUCCACCAGCACUUGCUGGACACUGAUGCUACGUCGGCCGAGCUGUGUAGCAUCUGCAUGCGCCAAAUCGAUCAUCUCUACUAUAAGUUUGACCCUACCGCCAGCGCCACACGCGCCGACAAGUCUGUCAAGACCAAACUGGAAGACAUGUGCAGCUUCAUUUACUCGAACGAAGUGCCCGACCGUACGCGCACCAGGACCGUCCUGUCACAUGUCUACUACUAUGCGCUGCAUGACCGCUUCUUCGAGGCACGUGACUACCUGCUCAUGUCUCAUCUGCAGGAGAACAUCAGCCAUAGCGAUGUCCCAACACAGAUUCUGUACAACCGUACUCUCGCCCAGCUUGGUCUAUGUGCUUUCCGCCAUGGCAUGAUCCGUGAUGCCCAUACCGCUCUGAAUGAUCUGCAAAGCAGUGGUCGAGCAAAGGAACUGCUUGCACAGGGACUUCUGACACAACGACACAAUGAGCGCUCACCGGAACAGGAGAAGAUUGAGAAGAUGCGUCUUAUCCCCUUCCACAUGCACAUCAACCUUGAGCUGCUGGAGUGUGUCUACCUUUCGUCCUCCAUGCUUUUGGAAAUUCCAUACAUGGCAGCAAAUGAACACAAUCUGAAGAAGCGUAUUCAGAGCAAAUCGUUCCAUCAUCAGCUCCGUCAGUCUGAACGCCAGCCACUCGUCGGUCCACCGGAGACCAUGCGUGAGCAUGUAGUGGCUGCAUCUCACGCAAUGAAGAUCGGUGACUGGAGAGCCUGCAAAGACUUCAUGCUAGCCAUCAAGUCUUGGGACCUUUUCAGGGAUGUGACUGAUGUCAAGGACAUGCUUGUCAAGAAAAUCAAGGAGGAGACACUGCGCACAUACCUGUUCUCCUACAGCAAUGUCUUCGACUCUCUCGGCCUGGUCACUCUGCGCGAGAUGUUUGAGCUGUCGCAAAGCACCGUGCACAGUGUUGUCAGCAAGAUGAUUAUGAAUGAGGACCUGCACGCCGUCCUGGACGAGCCCAGCUCCGUCAUUGUCACGCAGCGUGCCGAACCUACGCGCCAGCAGAGCCUCGCUCUCCAGCUGGCCGAGAAGAUUGGAGUGCUGUUUGAUAACAACGACAAGCUGUACAACGCCCGUACUGGUGAUAUGUACUGGGGACGUCAGCAAGGUGGCAAGUGGCAGCGUAAUGAAGGUGAAUGGGGAGGUCAUCGUGGCAGACGAGGAGGUCACAACCGAGGAGGUCACCAUGGUGGCGACCGCCACCAUGGUGAUCGCCACCACAAUGAUCGUCAUCACGGAGAUCGCCACCACAAUGAUCGCCAUCAUGGAGACCGUCAUCACCACGGGGACCGCCAUCACCAUGGAGAUCGCCACGGAGACCGACACGGAGACCGACACAAUCGUCAGGGUGACAGGCAGAGUGACCGUCGCAACGAUCGCCGAAAUGACCGCAACUGAUUUCUCAUCCUCUGUGGAUGUCCUCUUAUGUUGGAUCACACCAUCAGAUCUGUUUGCAGAGCAAUUCUACUUUUUUUACGCUUACCAUUUAAGAUCAUCUGGCGUCAUCACUGGUGCUGUCUUUGCGAGCAAUACUAGUAACUGAAAACUCUGUGUACCCACGUGCCAGUGUGUGCAACACUA